AUGCAUCAGAUGAUCGCUGACAUAGGUGAUCAGUUCCAGGUAGUUAUCAGGAAUAUACAAACUCCGCAGGAAGCCCCUGCAGCCCCUGCUGUUCCUCCCCCUCCUGCACAGCAGCAUGAUGUAGAAGGUCACAUGAUGGAAAGGUUUCUUAAGAUGCAGCCCCUUACUUUUUCUGGAAUUAGUAGAGACAUCUUACUACCCGUCAAAUGGGUAAAAGAAAUGGAGAAGGCCUUUAGGUUUUUGGGCUGUAAUGAAGAGCAAAAACUUAUAUGUGCUGGAUACAAGCUCCAGUAUGAGGCAGAAGCUUGGUGGGAAACUACUAGGCCUAUUUUGGAGGCAGCGCACCCAGUCAUGACUUGGGAAAUAUUUAAGCAAGCCUUCUUUGCAAAUUACUUUCCCACUAGUGUAAGAAAGAAGAAGGAGAUAGAAUUGGCAGAGUUAACACAAGGACCUAAGUCUGUGUUAGAGUAUCAACAAGUUUGA